AUGGCUGCUACAUUCUCUUACGCCCAAGCGGCCAAGGGUGUCGCUACUACGCAACCGGAGGCGAAGACGGCGUCCGCAGAGCCGACCACACCAGUUUCAAAGCCGGAUGAGCAGAGCACAAAUUCGGAUAUCCAAGCUGAGCCUGAAAUCGCUCCCUUGAAGACCGAAAAGUCUGAAGAGAUCGAGACGGUUGCCAUCAGCACCGACAAAGACUCGGAAAGUACAGCUACUGCGCCCUCCAAGGCAGAUAUCUCAGGCACCUCCUCCCCGAGCGUGGGUGCUUCUUCGACAUCCACAUUACUCCAGGAGGAUGAGGGCUCGAACACACCUAAUGGUACCUCGGAGUCAACCUGGGAUAAGCAGUCUCAGGCCUCGGGAACCGCUAAGCAGACUAAUGGCCAGGACGCCAAAGAGAAAUCCGAAGAGGACAAGAAAGUGCCUCUGAAGGAGCUUAAGGCUGCACCUUUGCCCGCGGUUAAUAUCUGGCAACAGAGGAUAGAGGCACAGGAAGCCAAGGCAAAGGCCACGACCCCCGUGAAACCUGCAUCGACUUCCAAGUCCGGCCCAUCAAAGUCUACGUCCGCCGCCUCCUCAACAUCAGGGGACGUGCAACAGGAUUCCUCGAAGACUGUUUCUAAGAAGAAGGGAACGGAGGCCGCAUCUGAGGGCUUCAAGGACAGAAAGAAGGCUGACGGUGGUAAGGGACGAGAUGAUGGUGCAUCCCUCCCCCCGGUGGGCGAUUCCGCUUCAUGGCCUACGGUCCAGGUCGCCCAAGGCGAAGAGAAGAGAAAAGCACAGGAAAAGACCGAGAAGUCCGAGAAGUCCGAAAAGAGCCCUGUCAUUAGACCACACGGCAAGGAGAAGUGGACGCCUGUUCCGUAUGUACCGACUGCCGUGUUCAAUACGCCUCUACCUUCUGCUGCGCGCAGAGGAGGAAGAGCUGGACGUCCCGGAAGGGACGGAGCUCGCAAUGGCACUCACGGUGCGCCCGCUGCCGACAAGGCUGCUGCCGGACAGCCCGGCCAGGGUGCCACAUCGAAACAGAACGCUUCUGGAGAUAGGGGACGCAACGACUCCAACUCGACUCGGGCGAACUCUCUGCCCGCUCCAUCCAAGCGUUCUAACAGCGUCGAUGCUGGUGUGACAGACUCCCGCAAAGCCGUGCAAGCCGCCGACCGUAGCCGUGGCUCCAAGGGAGCCGAGAAUGUGAAUGGCACGGUUACUGGGAGAAAUGGCGGAAAUGAAAACCUCCCCCCGCGCCACCAUCGUGAUGCCAAGCAGUUUGCGAGAAACCACGAUUCAGCCCACAAGGGCGGAGAUCAUUCUUCCAAGAACUCACACCCAUCGGCCGAGGCCCAUAGUGGCCCCCGCGCCAGUUCGACUCACGACCGUCGUUAUGAAAAUGGCCCCAAAUCAGCGGAUCUCGCUGGCAUCCCCGGAGAUCGCAAGGACAAAGAAUUCUCCCGCGAGUCCCGUGCUGACCGGGGCCGUGGCUCCCACCGUGGCCGCGGCGGCUUUGCAGGCUCCCAAAACUCUCAGUUCCCUAACAACCAUAUGGGUCACCAUUCUUUCGUCCACCCCAAGUCCUUUGGUUUCAAUGAGCGACAGCGCUCUCACCAUGGCCUUCCCAAUGGAUCUCAACAAGGGCAUAGAAUGUCUCUGAGAUCUCCUUCGCUGCCGAACUCCGCUUCCAUGUAUGGUGCCUAUCCUUUCCCUGCUGAUAUCAAUACCCUCUACGGCUAUCAACCCAUGCCGGCGGGUCCAAUGACCGCUGUCCCAUAUCAACCCUACAUGGAACCAUUUUCUCUCAUGAGCAUGAUCUCGAUGCAGCUGGAGUAUUACUUUUCGGUUGAUAAUCUGUGCAAGGACCUGUUCCUCCGUAAACAGAUGGAUUCCCAGGGCUUUGUGGCGCUUUCUGUGAUUGCUAGCUUCAAGCGCGUCAAGACUCUUACCGAAGACUUCGAGCUCCUGCGCCAUGCCGCCCGCCAAGUGAGGAACAUUGAGUACCAGGCAGGUGAAGACGGAGUUGAUCGAUUACGUCCCAGAGAGAAAUGGGAGCAGUGGGUUCUGCCGGUCGAGCAGCGCGAUCCCUCCGCACAGAACGAAGGACCUCCACCUUCUGCAGAUGCCGGCAAGUCGGAUGAGCAGAACCACGUCGAGGGAGCAACCAAUGGCUUGCCAAACGGUACCGCUGAGUCUCACGCUUCCAAGACAUCGCUCUCUUCUACCGCCCCUGAGUUUUCACCCUCGAACCCAGUGAAUACUCAGACUGAAAUUGCAAAUUUUCUUCUUAAGGAAUUCCCACUCCUUAACCCAGCCGUCUGGCAGCUCGUGCCUUGA